AAACGAAACUGAAACCAAAGGCUGAGGUGAUUGGGAAAUGCAAGAGGGAGUGGAGAAAGAGGACUGAGGAAGUGUAUAAACUAUAGCAUAGCUCUGGGAGACAUCUGGGCUCACUGAGUCUGCCUUCCCUGUUCACCACUCUGCCCCUCAGCCUGGAGACAGAGGCCAAGACCCUGUGACAGAGCCCUGCUCCUUCGGGGACCCAAGAGGAGCCUGAAGUCUGUUCUGUCUGUUACCUGAGGGCAGGCAGCUCAGGUAAGACCUGCAGCAAGCAAUUCCCUGGGCUCUGAGGAGAGGCACUCACUCCCCUGAGCUGAGUCAAGGACUCAACCAGUGGCAACGCUUCCAGAAUCUUCUGAAUCAAACUCUUUAAGUCUAUUGCAAAUCCACCUGGAAAAAAUACAAGUAUGAGUUCUUUCCAGAAAGCCCAUCAGAAAAAGCUGGCUUCUGCAUCCAGUCACCUGGAGCCAAAGAAAUAUUCAGAUGCUUCUAAGAACAGCCAGGCAAUGGACUCUGUGAACAACCUCUGCAGGCAGUAUGAGGAGAAGGUGCGGCCCUGCAUUGACCUCAUCGACUCCCUGCGGGCCCUGGGUGUGGAGCAGGACCUAGCCCUGCCUGCCAUAGCAGUCAUUGGGGACCAGAGCUCAGGGAAGAGCUCCGUGCUGGAAGCCCUGUCAGGAGUGGCCCUCCCCAGAGGCAGCGGUAUCGUUACCAGGUGCCCUCUGGUGCUGAAAUUGAAGCAACUGGAAGAGGGGGAGAAGUGGAGGGGCAAGGUCACCUACAAGGACACUGAGGUUGAGCUCUCAGACCCUUCCCAGGUGGAAGAAGAAAUCACGAAAGCCCAGAACUUUAUUGCCGGGAAAGGGCUAGGAAUUAGCAGUGAGCUUAUUAGCCUGGAUGUCAGCUCCCCGAACAUUCCAGACCUGACCCUGAUUGACCUGCCUGGGAUCACCAGGGUGGCUGUAGGCAACCAGCCUGUAGACAUCGGACGCCAGAUCAAGAGACUCAUCAAGACGUACAUCCAGAAACAGGAGACCAUCAACCUGGUGGUGGUCCCCAGUAAUGUGGACAUCGCCACCACGGAGGCACUGAGCAUGGCUCAGGAGGUGGACCCUGACGGGGACAGGACCAUAGGGAUCUUGACCAAGCCUGAUCUGGUGGACAGAGGGGCUGAAGACAAGGUCGUUGAUGUGGUGAGGAAUCUCGUGUUCCACCUGAAGAAGGGCUACAUGGUGGUCAAGUGCAGGGGUCAGAAGGACAUCCAGAGGCAGAUGAACCUGGCUGAGGCCCUGAAGAUGGAGCAAGCCUUCUUCAAGGGGCACCCACACUUCAGCGUUCUCCUGGAGGAUGGGAAGGCCACAGUGCCCCGUCUGGCAGAGAGACUGACCACGGAGCUCAUCGCACACAUCUGUAAAUCGCUGCCACUACUGGAAAAUCAAAUAAAGGAGAGUUACCAGAGCGCAGUCGAGGAGCUGCAGAAGUACGGCGCAGACAUACCAGAAGACAACAACGAGAGAACCUUCUUUCUAAUUGACAAAAUUAAUGCCUUCAAUAAGGAUAUCACUGCUUUGGUGCAAGCACAGGAAACCAUAUCAGAGGGAGACAGUCGGCUGUUUACCAACCUGAGAAAUGAAUUUCUUGAAUGGAAUAAUUAUAUUGAAAAACAUUUCAAAAAAAGUUCUGCUGAGAUACACAGCCAGAUCAAAGUAUUUGAAAAUCAGUAUCGUGGCCGGGAGCUGCCAGGGUUUGUGAACUAUAUGACGUUUGAGAACAUCAUCAAAAAGCAAAUAAAAGCCCUAGAGGAGCCAGCUGUGGACAUGCUGCACAGGGUCACUGACAUGGUUCGAACGGCCUUCAUAAGUGUAUCGUCAAACAAUUUUGGUGACUUUUUUAACCUCUUUAGUGCUGCCAAGUCCAAAAUUGAAGACAUCAGAUUAAAGCAAGAAGAAACAGCUGAAGCGCUGAUCCGACUUCACUUCCAGAUGGAGCAGAUUGUCUACUGCCAGGACCAAGUCUAUAAGGGAGCCUUGGAGGAGGUCAGAGAGAAUAAAGCCAAGAAAGAGAAGAAUAAUGUGUUAAAACCAGUUACCAUUACAUUUAUUUCUCAGCCUCCUGAAGAGGACUUGUCUAUCACUGAAAUGACCCAGCACUUGAAUGCCUACUUUCAGGAGUGCGGAAGGAGCAUCGGGAGACAGAUCCCCCUGAUCAUCCAGUACUUUACCCUACGAACAUUUGGGGAAGAGAUGGAGAAAGCCAUGCUUCAGCUCUUACAGGACAAGGUUAACUACAACAGGCUCCUGGCUGAGCGGAAGGAUACCACAGAGAGGAGGAAGUUCCUGAAGAGGCGGCUGUCAAGGCUGGACCAGGCUCGGCACAAGCUUGCCAAAUUCUCCUAUUAGUGAGGCUUUCCCGGCUGCCCUGUGUGUCUGUGGCGUGGCGUGGAGCAAACAAGGGUUUCUCUGAGGGAGAAAUACCUCAGCCCUGCAUUCUAUCAAUGCCACCCCAUUAAUGUUGUAUAGUCUGAACCUUCUACUUGUUACCAUUUGGUGUUAGCAAAAAAAAGAAAAAGAAAAAAAAAACCUAACAACGACAACAAAACUCCAACAAAUAAACAAACAAAAACUAAAGACCCUUUGAUUUUCCAUUUCAGGUCACAUAAAGGAAGCUGCAAGGGGUUAAGAGAAGAGACCUAGUAAUGUGACAAACUUUAAAAAUAAGUCUGUAUCUGCUCAUGUACAUGUAUGCAUGUUUCUCUCUGUGUGUCUGUGUAUAUCUGUGUUGUGUAGGUUGAAGACACAAUCUUGGGUGUCGAUCCUUAGGUGCCUUCUACUUGUUGAGCAGGAUCUCUCUCUGGCCUGGAUCUUCUCCGCACCACCCUGCUUGCUGGCCCCAGCCUCCAGGAGAACUGUAGUCUCUGUCUCCCAUCUCACUGUUACUGGGAUAACAGUUGGGUGCCACUGUGUCUGGAUUUGUAUGUGGGUUCUGAGUAUUUGAACGCAGGUCCUUAUGUUUGUAACACUGAUCCAUCUCUCCAGUCCUACAAAAGGGUGUUUUAAAAAAGUUAUGGACCACACCACUGAAAGUGAGAACCUAGAGACUUUAAGGCAUCCUUCUGCGUCCCAAUUUUCCUUCGAGCAUGACAGCCAAGCAAAAAUGUGCAUAGAGAAUUUAAACUUGAAACCUGAUGUGGAAACCUGUAUCAGCCUUGGCAAGACCUGUGAGCCGAGAGGAAGGAUCGGCAUUUGAUAAAGCUGCCAGAGAAAGCUACAUAAAUUUACAGAUGACUAAGAACAGCUCUGUCCACAAAGCUUCCCAACACCUCCACCUAGUGACAAAAAUGUGAAUCACACCUGCAAAGACACCCACAAAUAGGGGUGACUUCCAAAACAAAAUCAAAAGGCAAGGGUCUCCCUGGUUGUGAUGUUAAGUUGGGAGCGUCACCCCAGUCCCUGGCAUCCAUCCCAGCCCCCCACCCCCGGACCUGAGAGUUGCAUUGGUCUGGACUCCCCCCUGGACUGGGAGUUGCAUUGGUCUGGACUCCAAAUCCCAGCAUGCCAGGUUCUGAUCCCUCCCCAGGGGAGGGUCAGUACCACUCCCACAGGGUAUUUAAAUGAGUGCCCUGGAGCGGAACACGUGGUCCUGGGUUUUGCCUGUGCUCCGUUUUUCUGUCUCCCCAGCCAUGCUCUCGUCCAUCCAAGAGUGCUGUAUUUAUUAAAACAUGGGCAUUUUAA